AUGGGCGACCCCGUUAAACUCGACGCGUUCCUGUCCGGCGAGUUCGACCGGCUGGACGUGCACGCACGUGGCAGGCUCUCAUUGGCUGAGAUUGAACCGGCGCUGCUGCGCUUGGCGGAGAUCCAGGGGCUCAUUCUCCAGGUUUCCCUGCCGCGGCUGCUGAAGCGCAGCAUCGCGCUGAGUGAACUAUUUAACAACGCGGACGAGGUUGACGCGUUUAUAGAUGCGCUGUGGACUCACCUUACAGCACUCCCUCUACCCCCCCCUGCCUGCACCCCUUUUCCGCCCGCAGAGGAUCCUCUACCGCGGCUACUGGAGGGUAGCACCGCGCUGAGGGAACUAUUUAACGACGCGGACGAGGUGGACGAGUUUAUAGACGCGCUGUGGACGCGCAUGGACCUGGAUGGUGACGGCACCGUGACCAUGCACGAGAUUCGCCCCAUGCUGCCUGCGCUUGGGCUCUUUCCCCAACCCCUGCCCAUCUCCACCGGUGGGUUGCCCCUGCGCAGAUGUGUGCGUUGGCGUGAGCAGGAGGAUGAGAUCCUGACAGAGCUGCUGCAGACAUACGCGGGAUGGGGAGGGGCGGAGGGGGAGAACGGGGCAGAGGAAGGUGGGGUGGAGGAGGGGGAGAGUGAUUCAGCUGGAGGGGCCUUAGAGGCUUUCGGAAAUGGCAGCAGAGGCUUAGAGGGCAGCAGCAGCAACGGUGGUGAUGAUGGCGGUGGUGGUGGCGGUGGUGGAGCAGGAGAAGGAGCAGUGGAUUUCAGCAUGGGGCUAUCGAAGGUGCAGUUCAUGUGGCUGGUGGCGGAUAUUCUCUUCACUGUGGCACAGGGGCUCGAGGACGACCCACUGUACCUGCCUGCCAACAUGACCAUUCUCAACCGCCCCUUCCUGCUCAAGAUUCUCUCGGACGAGGCCUUCUUCCACCGCCUCACGGACCGCAUGUUCCUCACAUGGGACGAAACCGAUCGCGGCAUGCUCUCGCGCUCCGAGGUUGUAGCCGGCUUCUACUCCCUGGGGGUCGCCUACGGGCUCCCUGCAGUCACCUCGCGGGAGGAAGCCGAUAGCAUCUACCUCUCGCUCUUCCUCACAGCCGACUGCGACACAAGUGGGUUUGUGGACCGGGAGGAGUUUCAGUCGCUCAUGCAUUCUAUCUUUCUGGGGGCAGCACUGCAGCUGCAGGCCACACGGUUACCGCCACAGCCGCUGCCGUCGCCGUUAGCUCCGGUGGGAGCUGGUCCUUCUGGGACCUCCUCCUCGUUCUCUUCCUUGUCUUUUUUCCGCCCGUUCUCCUUGUCCCUCCCCUCCAUCCCAUUCUCCGCUGCCCUUCCCUGGGGGGACUGUGCUGACAGCAGCACCACAGCUUUUCACAGCAGGGGCAGCAGCAGCAGCAGCAGGGGAACUGGUGCUGAUCCUGCUGCUGCUGCUACAGUGGCGGAUCUGCCGACCCUGACCGGCUUCAAGCUCUUUGACGGGCGGCGCGUGCGCAAGAUGGUGCGGGCGGACGGCGGGGCUUGUCUUGACGUGUGGCUGAACAGUGCCUUUGAGGAACUCGUUACAAGCACAUCGGAUAGUGGAGAUGGAGCAGGAAGGGGGGAAUGGAAGCACGUGAGAGUGUCGGGGUCGAGGAGUGGAGAGGCGGAGGGGAUUGAUGUGGAGGGGCUCUCACUCGACAGCCCUGGUGGGGGCAGAACCGAUGGGCAGAUUAGUGAGGGUGGAAAAGGAGAGAAAGGGGAGAGUGGGGCAGGAGUGAGAGGAGAGCGAGAGAGAGAGGAAGGGUUCUCUGAGGGGCGUCGCAAUGGGGGUGGAAAGAAGGUCUCAUGGGGCGAUGCUCUAGGAAAUGGUCUGGAAGCGUCUGAUGCAGAUAAGGAGGAUGUUAGCCGCCCGACAGACAGGCCCGUGGUGACGUGGGCGGCGUUGGAGCGGAAGCUAGUGCAGCAGCUGCAGACGCUGGGGAUGCCGGGGGAGGGCGUAUCUGAGGACUGGGAGCGGAUGGUGCAUGAUAUGGUUGCUAGAGAGAGAAUGAAGAGCGGUGAGGAGGAGAUGGGAGGGAGAGGCGGGGAGGCGGAAGGCGAGGAGAAGGGCGGGGGUGACGGGGAGGAGGAGGAGGAGGGGGGUGAGGAGGAGGAGGAGAGGAGGAGAGAGGCGGUAUGGCUAGAUAGGGAAGAGUUUGUUGCGGUGAUGGCAAGACUUUUGAAGCAAGUCGGGCAGACGCUGCAAGACACGCCUCUUCUGCUGCGCUCACUCGAUGGGACUCUCAUAAGGGCGUUCCUGCAGCACCCUUCCCGCCUCUCCGCUGCCAUCCGCAGCACCUUCCAGGCACUAGACAACAAGGGAUGGGGCGGCAUGCCUGCCGCCCGCCUCGUUCCUGCGUUGCGUGUGAUUGGCUUGUCUGCAGGACUGCCGUGCCGAGGAGGUGAGUGGAGUGUAGAUUGA